AUGUGGUCUUUAAUGCUAUUCCUAUUAUUGACGAUUACAUCUUCAGAAAUCGAAACUCUUACGUGUUAUCAAUGUUCUAUGAAGUAUUCGAAUGCAGAAUGCAAUGCAAAAAAUUUAACAUAUUAUACUGAAUGUCAACCGACUUUUGAUACAUGUUUAACGCUGGUACUAAAGCCAGAUAAUUUUGAUGAAAUAAUCAUUACAAAAUAUUGUACAAAACGCCAUGCUUGUGAACGGCAACAAAACUAUACACAUUCUGUAACGCCCUGUGACCCGAAUAAUGAAGGUCGAAGUUGGGGUUGUGUUUCGUGUUGUGGAGAUCGAGAUUUAUGUAACUAUGAUGGUUCAAAUCGACUGAUAUCACAUAUGAAUAUAACAAAACUCUUAUUAUUUAGUAUUUUACAUUAUUUCAUUUAUUAUUUGUUUUAA